AUGUCUAUAUCAACUGCAGAAGUGCACCCCUCUGAAGGUCGAUCAGAUGGACGUCCUUCUCUCGCAAGCAGUCGUAGCCGCAAGCAAUCAAGCACCAAGUUUGCGGAAGAUGCUAAAGAGACCACUGUCGAACUUCACGAGAGCCUGGAUGAGUACGACCUCGAGAUUUUAUACGAAAUCUUCCUUAAACAACCCGGAAAACAAUUCGAUGCAGGUGGUCUGCGAGAAGUGCUACAAAAUGUGGGGAAAAUUGUGUUCUCGGAUGAAGAUUACAACGUGAUGUUCAUGAAGAUGAACACGGAGAGAAAUGGGCACGUCACCUGGAAUGAAUUCAUCUCUUACCUAAUUCUGUGUUACGAACAACAAGACGUGAAAGCCGAGUUUGAAACCCUCGAAAAUCCUAUUCCUUUGGCACCAAACAUGAUAAAAAGCAAUCAUCGCUACACUAUCAAUCGUGUCACUUACAACCCAACGGUGCGCCCAGAUCGUACCAUAAGCUGGCACGAUGGUAGUCUGAUGACGUGUAGUAGAGAUGGUACUAUCAAUUACUGGUCAUUGGACGUACAGUUCGAGAGAUCAGUAAAAUCCACUUGCCCCCAUUUACGAGUGCAGCAAACCUGGGUCACCGACAUGAUAGCCCUCCCAGAUGUCAGUGUGGUCUGUACCUCUAGUACUGAAAGGGACCUGAGAUUCUACGACACUUCAGCCAGAAAAUUCGAACUGAGGGUUAUAUUCACGUUGAUGGACUGGGCUAUCUACACCAUGAACUACUGGUUCAGUGACGACCCAAAUGAAGAAUCCAAGCUAGUGUUAGGGGAUAUAGGGGGCAACAUCCACGUUCUUUUCAUAGAAUCGAUAGCACGAGGACCUUUCCGCAGCCAGCUGGGUAUGCCUCUCCUGGAAGUUCGGUACGACCAAGUUGUCAAGGGUCUAGUCGAUGGCUUCCGCGUUAUCAUCUUACCAAAACAGCACACAAAUUCAGUACUCCAAAUCCAAUACUACCAAAGACUUAACACGAUCAUAUCUUGUUCAGAAUGCCCAAAAGUGGGUUUGCAAAUGAGAGAUUUGUCAGAAGAUAAAGGAAAGUAUGUUUACGCAAUCACUAAAGGCGCAUGGUGUUUUUCCGUUAGUGGCACUCAGUUACUAGCUAGCGGUAGCCCGGAUUGUCUUGUUAGACUAUGGAAUCCUUUCGUACCACAAAACCCUGUGGCAGUUUUGUAUGGCCACCACACUGCUAUUAGUUCCGUUCUUUUGCAAGAUGAAGGGAAAUUCUUGUAUAGUCUUUCGCAAGAUAAGAGUAUCAGAGUGUGGGAUUGUGCAAAGCAGGUUUGUGUGCAAAAUUAUUUAGGGAUCCCGCAGGAGUUGGGGGAACAUAGCGAUAUGACGACUAUGUAUAACCCAGAAAGCAGACAAUGGAUUAUUGGAAGUUCCAUGUUGGCGGUCAUUUCUCUUAGUCCGAAGCAGAGUGGAGAACAUACGGAUGGAUUUACCCACACGGCUGGAGUCUCAGUGGUUCUCUACAAUCCAUUAUUCAAGGUGGUGGUGACCUGCGGCCUGGACAGUACCAUUAUUGUCUGGAACCCCUGGGACGGUCGCCGAAUGAUGGCCGUGAAAGAAGCCCACACCAAAAGCAUCCACGCCGAAAUAAUCCCCAUCGAAAUAACAGCAGCAUCUUUCGAUCCGGGGUACCAACGAAUCAUAACCGGUGCCCACGAUGGUACCCUCAAAGUGUGGAACUUCAACACAGGCACAUGCCUGCGGAACAUGAAAAUCGAAAAAAACUGCGAAGUGAAACGCAUUAUCUGGGUCAAAAACCGAAUCCUGGUGAUGGGUUGGAAUCGACGAGUCACCGAAUUCGGAGACAGCGGAGAAACCGUAAGCGCGGCUGGUGAAUUCUACAAGAACUGGGAUCUGCGGCACCGUGAAGAUAUAAGUUCUGCUGCCGUUCGCGUACCGCAAACGAUUGUUACAGGUACUUACGACGGUGAGCUGAUCAUGUGGAGACUAGAGACCGGUCAACCCUACAAACAGUUUAAUUGUGCCGACCCCACGACUCGUAUUAAGAUCCAAUACAAGAAGCAAAGACACAAACCAGAAGCUCGAGUGAACAAGUUCAGUAAGCGCAAUAUUAUUGCUCGCGCUUUGGGUAAACCUAUAGAUCAGGAAAAAAAGGCACCUCAGAAAGUAGCACCUCCCACGGAAGAAGACACCAUCAAGCCAGUAAUGUCCCGGAGGUUGUCGGCUGUGCAAAGAUUGAUCGCCCAAAGCUCGACCAUGCAGUCAAACAGGAGCGCUAUGAGGGCACGAAGGGUCUCCACAGUAGUCAUGCCAGAGCAGUGCAUGCCCAUGAGAAGACUCGGCAUACACAGUAUGAUUUUCCUUCACUCUAGAACCAUGGAUCCGGACGUCGGUACUCUGUUUAUAUCGCUGGAGAACGGAGCGAUUCAAGUCUGGUCGCACCACAUCAGCGGCGGUUUCUUAACGUCGUUCUCUGCGAUACACAAGGCGGGGGAUUACAUCAUUUGUAUGGCCAGCGACGAGAAAAACGAGUACCUUUUCACGGGCUCGAGUGUGGGCUAUAUCAAAACCUGGCUAAUAAAAAACUAUUGCGUCACACAAUGCGAACAUAUCAGUAUGCCCAAACUGCGCUUGACUUUUCCCUUUUUGUGGGGCGACUUCUUCGUGGGACGAGCUGCAAGAAUUGCGAGAUCGCAGCCUGUGCCGAUUUUGCUCAAUAGUUACAAGGGUCACGCUAUGACAAUAUCCGACCUGGCGUACAUCGACGAGGCGCAGAUUUUGAUCAGUUCCAGCGCGGAUUACACCGUACGAAUGUGGACCCUCGGUGGCCGCUAUCUCCAAACGCUGGGUACAUUUAAGCCGUGGCGCAAUGUCCCCCAUAACCCUAAAGUGCGAGAUGAGACCUUCGAGUUCACCACUCCUCCUGAUAUUAUGAGACUGGGAAGUACAACGACCCUCAGAGUACUCCGAGGUGGUACGCCUUUGAGGACGCUCACGUUCAAACAACUGCAAGUGAAGCGAGUAAAAGAGCUGACUCACGUUGACCAUACGAAGAUUUAUGGUGAGAGAUUGACGGAACCCAUUUUGGGACAUUAUUAUAAACCGUCAGAAAGAACAACGCACUUUCACGAAUUCAAGUUUGACACUUCGUUCCCUUACAUUCCUGUUUAUCAACAUCUUAUUAUGCCACCCUUCCAAGAACUCAAACCAUCCAACGUGAAACCAAGCAUUCGAGAAGAACAAGCAAAAUCGGAAGAGAAAAAGGGUGAAAACGAAGCCAACUGAAAUGAGACUACUUGCAAAUGGUUUAAUUCAUAAAUCACAAUCGUAUCUGUAUAUAAAUAGAUCUUUUAACAAUGUAACCGACGUAAAAUCAGAAAGUAUGAAUCACUAUGAA